AUGGUGGAGAACGAUCUCUUGACGCGCAUCUAUGAGAAUGACUUCGGGCGGACUAAUGCUUAUGCCAGCCUCACAGAUGUUAUUAUGCUCCUCGCUCACGAAAACCCACAUUUGCGCAUACUUCAACUGGAUGCAGGCACAGGUAGAGUUACAAGAGUCACAAACCUCGGCAAUGAGAAAAAACUCACUGAUCAGGACUUUGAAGAGCAUUCCUAUGAUAUCGUUUCUGUAUCAAACUAUUGGCUCGGUGCGGACGAUGGGCGGCCGAGUAGCCCUUUCGUUUCCAAGGCUAAACGAAAGAACGUAUCGCUCGACGCAGAACUGACUAGAGUAGACAUCAUGCUUAACAAAUAUGACAAACCAGCCAAUUUCAUGAUCCUCAUAGUAGCCAGCAACAAAAGUAGAGAUAUUGACACAUAUCCUAAUGUUGCUAAUGGCGUGUACUGCAGCAGCGGGCAUGUCAACGCCAGCCAAAUUGAGAAGGCCAAGGAGGCGGGGCCAUCAAGUGUGACCCUGGCACGAGGAUCGUUCGACUCUGUCAUUAUGCUAGGUAGUAAACACAACGCUUACUGA